GUUUAUCUUAUCUUUUAGGUAUGUGUUAGUGUAAUUUUAUUUACAUGGCGACAGUUAACGACAACAGUAACCUCAAAAACGCUUUAUAAUGUCAGUUUAAAUGUUCACUGGACUAGCUACAGGAGAGAGCACCGAACUUCUCAAGUUGCUUGUUGCUGCCACAUUAGUGAGGACUGUGGAACAGCUCAGACACUUGGCUGGCACAAAUCCCCGUUCGCUAAUCGCUUCUCAUCAGAUCUUCGGGAUUCAGACGUCAUGCUUUCAUCCGUCAGAGGUAACGGAGCAUAACGUGAAUCCGCAGUCCAGGGAACAAACAUACAGACAUCAGCAGCAGCAGCAGCUAGCUCAGUGAUGAUGAACAUGGAUUUAAGUGCCGUUAUAGAGGAGAUGGAGACGGGCGACCAAGACUCGGCUCUGACGGCUUUACAGAGCUACAACAAGCAGAUGAACCAGUGCUUUACAUUCAACAGGGAUGAGCAGAAGGACAGAGAGCAUCUGGGGGAGUUAGUGCUCGGUUUCCUGAACCGGGAGUUGCAGCCUUCCUGUCUGCUGGCCUGUCUGGAAACGGUUCGAAUCCUGUCCAGAGAUAAAAAUUGCCUGGAUCCAUUCACCAACCAAUUCGCCAUGUCCACUCUUGCCCGCUAUGCCAGCAUUGCUGUGGACAGUGCUACCACACCUGCCCACAGCCAGUCAGUGGAUGGCCAAGAAGAGGAUGUGGGAGGAGACGAGGAAGAGACGGGACUAUGUAGUAAAGUGUUGAAGGAAUCUUCCCCUCCUUCAGAAAAUCCUGACCAGGAAGUGAUUGUUGAGGCGCUCAAGUCCAUCUGCAACAUCCUGCUACACAAUGAGACAGGACAGAUGGUAGCAGCAGAUCUGCAGCUGAUUAAAGGUGUGGCAGAGAGAUUGAAACAGUGUCAUGAUCCUACUUGGAACUAUGAGGUACAUUUCUUUGACUUGCGCCUCACCUUCCUGCUGACUGCCCUAAGAGUGGAUGUCAGGGCACAGCUGGCUCAGGAGCUUCAUGGUGUCAGCCUUCUAGGAAACCACUUGGAAGCCACACUGGGUCUGUGCUGCUCAGGGACCCUGGAGACAGCAAGAGCAGGUUUUGAAGGCAUCCCGACCGAAGAGCUGCCCCCACUGAGCCGGCAGCAGACAGAACUAGCUAUGGAGAUACUGAAAAUACUAUUCAACAUCACGUUUGACAUAAACAGACGCAAAGUUGAUGAGGAAGAGGCAGCUGUGUACAGACAUUUGGGAGCCAUACUGAGGCACUGUCUAAUGAGCCAUGCUGAUGGAGAGGAGCGGACUGAAGAGUUUCACAGCCAUACUGUGAAUUUACUAGGUAACCUCCCUCUGCCUUGUUUGGAUGUAUUACUUUUGCCCAAGGUGCAGCAAGGUUCCAUUGAAUAUAUGGGUGUAAACAUGGAUGCUGUGAACAUGCUGCUAAAAUUCAUGGAGAAAAGACUUGACCGGGGUCAUAAGCUGAAGGAGACUCUUCUUCCAUCACUGAACUUGUUGACUGAGAGUGCCCGUAUCCACAGAGAGACCAGGAAGUUCCUCAGGUCAAAAGUGCUGCCGCCACUACGUGAUGUGAAAAACAGGCCAGAGGUGGGCAACACGCUGAGGAAUAAAAUAGUCCGCCUUAUGACCCACAUUGACACUGACGUCAAGGACUGUGCUGCUGAAUUCCUCUUUGUUCUCUGCAAAGAAAGUGUUUCAAGGUUCAUUAAGUACACUGGAUACGGUAAUGCUGCAGGCCUGCUGGCUGCCAGAGGACUGCUUAGAGGAGGUAAAGACCCUGGAAUCUACUCCGAGGAUGAGGACUCUGAGACAGAAGAGUACAGAGAGGCCAAAGCCCAAAUAAACCCAAUAACAGGAGUUGUAGAAGAGGAGCAGCCCAAUCCCAUGGAAGGAAUGACAGAAGAGCAAAAGGAAUAUGAAGCCAUGAAAUUGGUCAACAUGUUUGACAAACUGUCAAGAAACCGUUUGAUCCAGCCCAUGCAGCUCGGUAUGGAUGGGACAAUGACAGAGAUGACCACAGAGGAUCUCCAUAAACUGGCCAACAAGCCAUUGCUCCAGUCAGAAGACCCUCCUAAUUUAGACAGUGAAGAUGAAAACUGAAGGAGGAAACAAAUUCCAUCCAUGACAAUCCUAAAAAAAUCUGUGUCACUAUUUAAGCGAUUCAUAUAUCAUAAGUAUAAUUUUGUUGCAUUUUACCCAUUUUAAUUGGAGAGGAAAGAAAAUGUUUAUUUGUUUAGUAAAUGUCAAAAACACAGCUUGGCAUAACUGGUACACGAGAAGCCACUUAAAUGAUCAUAAACUUAAAUACAGAAUUCGGAUAAUUUUACAAGGAUUAUUAUUUUAAUAGGAAUAGUUUUUCAUCCAAGAUAUUUAUGUUCAGUAAUAUAUAAAAAUGUAAUUACUAGGUUGUGUUAUGAAGCACUUAACUGACAACAAGUGGAAGACAAAAUUUCUGAAACACUUUAUAUCUGGGAAAGAUGUCAGGGGACAAUGUAGCUAGCCAGCAUCCGAUGGUAGUUUGUAGUAUGGCUUUGGACAUGAUCAACAGGAAGUGAGUGAAGUCAGGGGAGGAAGUGGUGGAAGCUGAAGAAGGAAGAAUGAUGUGCAGUGUUCAAGGUUGAGUUGAUACAGGUGGUAGGAAGUGCUGCUAGAUGACUGGGAAAGCACAGCUGUAGUGGUGAGGGAAACUGGCAGAAGGGUAUUUGGAGAGAUUAAGUUAGAAAAUAUAUGCAGCAAGUUUGGGUGAAUCAGGAUAGUGAUGGAAAUGUAAUGAAGAGAAUGUGUUCAGGAAGGAGAAGCUCAUCAAUGAAGAAUGAGAGAGAAAGGACAGAAGUCAGCUGGUGAAUUAGGAAGUGUAAAGGAUUAGUAAGGAGGAAGGAAAGGGCAGCUAUGAAGAGGAUGAAGCAUAGAAAGGCAAAUGGUCCAGAUAACAUACCUGUGGAGGUUUGGAGAUGUCUGGGAGAGAGGGCAGUGGACUGUUUAAUAUGAUCCUGGAUAGUGGUAGGAUGUCUGAGGGAUGGACAAGUAGCAUACAAGUCCUGAUUUACAAUAACAAGAGUGAUGUGCAGAACUGUAGUAAGUACAGAUUGGUAAAGUUGAUGCCACCAUACCAUGGAAAUAUAGGAAAGAGUUGUUGAAGCUAGGCUGAGAGGAGAUGUGGCAGCAAGGACCAGUACAGCUUCAUACUACAGAUGCAAUAUUUUAUUUAUUGAGAGUAUUGAUGGAGACGUAUAGAGCAGGUAAGAUGGAGAUGCACUGUGUGUUUGUGGAUUUGAAGAAAGCAUAUGAUGGGGUGUGAAGAGGCACACAGGAGAGGUAGGAGUCUCUGUGGACUGUGACAUUAUGACAGAAUGGAGAGCAGAUGGAAGAGAACCUGGAGAGAAGAAUGAAAGUCAGUAGAAGCAAGACAAAGUGUGUGUGUGUGUGUGUGUGUGUGUGUGUGUGUGUGUGUGUGUGUGUGUGUGUGUGUGUGUGUGUCAGAGAGAGAGAGAAUGUGAGGAAGACAAGUGAUCCUGCAAGGAGCAGAGGUACUAAAGGUAAAUUAGUUUAAAUAAUUGAGAUAAACACUCCACAGUGUAUGAGAGGUGAAGAAGAGAGUCAAGGCAGGGUGGAGUGAGUGGAAAUGAGUGUCAGGGGUGAUUUGUGAGAGACACGUGGCAGCAGGAGAGCAAGGUUUACAAGAUGGUAGUGAGACCUCCUAUGAUAUAAGACUUGUAGAGGGUGGCACUAAAUUAAAAAAAUCAAAAAACAAAAAACAGGAAGUGCAGCUGAAGAUCUUGAGUUUUUCAUUGGCAGUGACCAGGAUGGACAAGAUCAGAAAAGAAUACAUCAGAGGGACAGCUCAGGAUGAGCUUUUUGGAAACAAAGGAGGCUGAGAUGGUGUCAGAGAUGUCAACAAGGGGGAGAGUAGAUCUAUUGGACAAAGGAUUGCUGAAUAUGCUGCUGCCAGGCAGGAGGAAAAGACAGACAGGAGAAUCAUGGAUGUAGUGAAGGAAGACAUGCAGAGGGUUGGUGUGACAGAGGAGGAUACUAGGUGAGAUGGAGGCAACGAUGUGGCGACGUCAAAAUAGAGGAGCGGAGAAAAAGAAGAAAUAUGUGGGAAGGAUAUGAAAUGAGGAAUGAUUGCAUUCAAGUUAUAUGUAGGUUUUGAUGUUGUUGUUUUUUAGAGAUCAAUUUAUUUUAGGAUACAAUUUUUAUCUUAGUCGACUCCUAAAUAUCAAAGAAUGAUCUUCCUUCCUCUCAAAGAUCGUCCUUCUUAUUUGCACCAGGACCCAUCUGAACACAUCACAAUCAGUGGACAGUAUGAAAUAUAUAUAAUAUAUUUCUGAAUGUUCAUAAGUACAAUAACUAACCACAUGAAACUUUCGGGGUUGAAAAACGUAGAUCUCAGUUAUACAGUCAUUACAAGUUUGUUUCAAUCAAUCAACCAAACGUAAAACCUGCAGAUGUCAGGCAAAGAAAAUAUAACCAUUGUCCAAAUCAGAAAUAUUACUGUCAUGAUGAUGCAUGUUCCCUGUAAUAGUUCUGAAUGUUAAGAAUGAAGAUGUCUAUUUAGAUUUCAUAAAGCUGAAAUCAUUUUUUUUUUUCUGACAAAUACUGGGUUCCACAUUGUGACUGUUGUUUUCAGGGCACAGGGUAAUUUUUUUGAGUAGACCUUUCUUUCAGGACAUGCCAUACUACCUGCAGUCUCAUUCCCAUCCACUGCUGACUUUCCCUGAGCUUGGCUCUGCUAGAACCUCUACAUGUACUAAGGGUCCCUGAUUUGUUGUAAUUGAUUGGUUGAUGUUGUGAGGCCUCCUACAAGUGGAAAGAAUUUGAUAUAAACUCAAAAGUAUCACAUAUUUUCCAGAACCUCCAUCCCAGUUAGUGCUACUCAUGACAAUCAAGAGACCUGUUGCAGAAAAUAAUUAAAUUAAAACUAGUCUCUCUUAUUUGAAGUUGAACAUUGUAGGAGGAUUUUACAGAACGCUCUGGCUCUCUGUGAGGAGACGAUGUGUCAGUUCUUUCUUUAGAGCAGAAGAACAGCCAUGUAUGAAAGUAAAAGAGCAGCUGUUCAAUUUUUGAUGGUGGACUCAGCUAUAUUUUUGAAAAAAUCUGAAUGACUUUUAGAUGCCCUUUCUUUUUGAUAAUGUCCUUCAGAUAUUUUAUUUUUAGACUUGAACUUGAAAUGAACUGCAGAAAUUAUCCUAUCAAUUAAAGGUGAAAUAUUCUAAUGCAGAGUGUAGUCUGAAACACUAAAUGUAUACUCCUUUCUAUUGUUCUUGUAUAGCUGAUAAUUUUAUUGUGGACUGCAAACUACAUUAAAUGUG